UUUCGUCAUAUUUUCGUCUAUCGAUUUGGUUGCGUGCAAAUUGUAAAUUCUAACGCGGUUUGUCGCCUGAGUAUUAUUUAUUUCGCACGCUUUUGUGCCACUCGCCUCUCUGAUCUCUAUUCGGCUGUUUCCAACUCUUUCAGCCUUUUCAAGUGAAUGGAUGAUGGUGUGAUGACCAACGAGUGAUGUGUGGGAAAGUGAAGAUUUCGUCAAUACAAAUGCACGAUACAUUUGAAUGAUUUUUUUCGAAGAGGGGCAUACGCCCGUUGUUCUUGUGGUUUCUGUGCAGAAUGUAUUUUCAAAAACACAUUUAUCGGUUGCAUACGCUAGUGUGAGAAAAUGAAUAGUGAUUUACGAAG